AUGCGAACGAUUGCUGCCGUUUCGCUAAUCACCAUUGACUCAGCUUGUGAUACUGAUUAUCGUGUUGUCUACUCCGAAGUUAUUCCAGCCAUGAUAGCAUGCGGGCUUUUUGCUGAGCGUCCUUAUGACCACCAACAAAACGUACAGGAGACGAUGUUGAUCAUGCUAAUCGGAAUUGACUCCAGUUGUGAUACUGAUUAUCGUGUAGUGUAUUUUGAGGUGACUCAAGUUGUGAUACUGAUUAUCGUGUAG